UCAGACUAGUAGCUUCCAAUGAGCGCGAACCUGGGACAUAGCAAUACACCGCUUUACAUAUUUAGCAUUACGCAUUGACUUUGAUAUGAAUGUUCUAACAAGCAUAAUCCGAAAGCAACAAUUCCAGAAACGUCUCCAGCAUUACUUCAAACAUGUCAGUGCUCUGUGCGAACGGGAACUCAACGACAUGAUUUCUAAGGCAAUCAGUAAGGCCAAUGCUCGUGAAGCAGAAGGACGCCACGUCACAGUACAGACUUCAAUUAAAGUCUUCCUCUCGAAAUGUUUGACCUUAAAGGAUAGCUUAAGAAGCAAGAUGCAGAAUGAAAUUUUGAUGACGUCAAACUUCAUUAGUAGGACUCUUAUCAAACAGGAACCAGCUGAAUGCCUACCUGAAAUAGGCGAUCAUAUAGAGGCCAUGUGCGCAGAGAUUAGCGCAUGGUGGAACUUUGGGUUGAGUCGAUUAAAUGAAGAUUGUCGCGACUUUGAAAAAGUGAAGCUCAUGUUUAGUAUCAUCGAGGAAAAGAAUGCCUUGGACUUCACUACCACAAAACGAAUGGGAGAAGAUAUAAUACUCUAUGUAGAAGAGACAUCAUUAAGUUCAGAAGCCUCUGAUCUUGCAUCGGAAACUGAACCUGAGUAUCUGAAACUUUUGGACAACUUCGAGUGUGAUGAGUAUCCGGCGCUGCCUCGUGAGUCGGAUGAGUCUUCCAAGAAUGGUCCGAAACGGAACGUUUACAAUAACAUAGACGCAGAAGCGGUAUACUCUAGCCAAAUCACACAGACACGAAGCGACACGUUUUUUGAUACUCAAAAGGAAGCCCUUUUAGCGUUACGCGAGCUAAAGGGUCUCCUAAAUUUGUUGACGCAUAAGUCAAGUUAUGCAGAUUUUCAGAGUGACGUGCACAAUCUCUCAGUAGAUGGUGACAUAAUGCUCUUAAGCGUCAACUAUCCAGCUGUAGAACCUGAGCAGGACUGUGCAAGUCUCGACAACAGCAGCUACGGUGGACAGGCGAAACAGAAGAGUGCAAUUGCUUUUCAUAACCCAUUUCGAAACUGCGCACGAACUAAAAAACAUAGCGAGCAAAGCGCCGAUGACGAUGAUGAACUACUAUCCAAACACGAGAAAAAUGGAAAAGAUUUGCCAAUUCCCAUACGACAGUUGGCAGAGCUAAUUGAUUUUCUUGAAGGUGUCUUUUGGCCGUUAACAGAAACAAAACAAGCGGUUACCUUUGCACAGGAAGCAUGACAUCCUAAAAGUGGCCUUAAAAUAUAAUAGCUGUUGUCGAAUACGAAGAUAUCUUACAUUGUUAGCGCAAUAGUUCUUCGUAUCCGAAUGUUUUCUGUAAAACUGUGAGUGGUACAAUUUAGUGGAACUCCAUUGUUCCGUUUACCCAUGAAGCUUUUAUAAUAUAGAGUUUUGACGGAACGGAAAACUUUUAGUUGUAUUUGUCCUAAUACGCUGGACGGAGAUGUUGAAACGAUGCGCCAUUUACAUUGCCAAACAAAUAAUAAGCGUUUCAUGUAAAGUACAGAAGAACGGGAGCAAGCCUACAAUUAGUUAACACCAAACCUUUGCCCUUCCAGUAAAUUUCGUCUGCUGAUAAAAAAAACACGAAUGUGAUUGUGCUACUGUGCAGGAGCGUCAAAUUUAUUUCAUUUCUUUGACGGGUAUAGUUCAUUUUUAUUCUUCGUUGAACGCCAUUAUCACAAUGCUUUCUUAUUAAUUACGCGUUUGUGUAUUUAAAGUGGGGAUAUAUGUUUGGUAUCUUGGUUUGAGGGUGGCUUCUUCG